AUGGCUGGCCCAUUAACCUUCACCCUCCUCUGUGGUUUGCUGGCAGUGACUUUGGCUGAAACCACCCUCCGCACCCCUGCGGUUCUUAGCCUCGGCCGUGAAGUCAUCAAAGAGAGGCUGACACAGGAGCUGAAGGAUCACAACGCCGUCAACAUCCUCCAGCAGCUGCCACUGCUCAGCACCAUACGGGAGAAGCCAGCCGGGGGCAUCCCCAUACUCGGCAACCUGGUGAACUCCAUCCUGAACCAUAUCAUCUGGCUGAAAGUCACCUCAGCCAACAUCCUCCAACUGCUGGUGCAACCCUCAGAUGAAGGCCAAGGGCUAGCGGUCAAGAUCCCCCUGGACAUGGUGGCUGGACUCAACACGCCCCUGGUCAAGACCAUCGUGGAGAUGAACAUGCAGACAGAGGUCCAAGCCAUCAUCACAGUGAACGCCAGUGAGAGGGGCCACACCCACCUCGUCCUCGAGGACUGCUCCAAUAGCCAUGGGAGCCUUCGCAUCAGCCUGCUGCAAAAGCUCUCCUUUCUGGUCAACUCCUUAGCCAACAAGGUCAUGAGCCUCCUGGUGCCAGCCCUGCCCAAACUGGUGAAAACCCAGCUGUGUCCUGUGAUCAAGGAGGCCUUUGAGGACAUGCAUGUGGACCUCCUGAGCCUGGUGAGGGCGCCCAUUUCCCUCGGCUCUAACUACCUGGAGUUUGACCCUCUGUCUCCUGCCAUCAAGGGUAAUGUUAUCCAGCUGAAGCUGGGGGCCAAGUUGGUGAACUCUCAAGGAAAUGUGACCAAGUGGUUCAAAGAGUCUGCAGUUUCCCUAACGGUGCCCGCCCUGGACAACACCCCUUUCAGCCUCACUGUGAGGCAGGAUGUGGUGAAUGCUGCUGUAGCUGCCUUGCUCCCUCAAGAAGAACUCAUAGUCCUGUUGGACUAUGUGCUUCCUGAGCUGGCUCGCCAGUUGAAGUCAAGCAUCAAGGUGAUCAGUACCAAGGCUGCGGAUCAGCUGGGGCCCACACAGAUGGUGAAGAUCCUAACUCAAGAGACCCCAGAUCUCCUUCUGGACCAGGGUACUGCCAAGGUGGCCCAAUUGAUCGUCCUGGAAGUAUUUGCCACCAAUGAAGCCCACCGCCCCUUCUUCACCCUGGGCAUUGAAGCCAGCUCAGAAGCUCAGUUUUACACCAGAGAUGACCGACUUAUGCUCAGCUUUAACGAAAUCAGUUCUGAUCGCAUCCACUUGAUGAACUCAGGCAUUGGCCUGUUCAACCCUGAACUUCUGAAAAAUGUCACCACUGAGAUCCUCAACUCCGUCCUACUGCCAAACCAGAAUGGCAAACUAAGACCCGGGAUCUCGAUACCGAUGGUGAAGGCCUUGGGAUUCGAGGAAGCUUCGAGCUUUCUUACCAAGGAUUCUCUUGUGAUCACCCCGGCCUCCCAGUAG